CUCUCAUCAAUCCUUCCCUUCUCAUCUUGUUUUUUUCAGCCUCGGGGGACGACGGACUUCAUCACCUCUCGUCCCGUCCCGUCCAGCUUAGUAUUCUCUACCUUCCUUCCUUCUACCUAUCUUCGUUGCUAGGAGACUAACAAAUGCAUGUCCUCGUCAACUGUGCGCGAGUUCGAGGCACAGCUGCGACGAGCGAGGGAUCUGUCGGAAGCUUUGCUGCACCCUAAAAUGACUUCGUCGACGUCCACCGCCACGCCCAUGAAGCACGCCUUCAUGCGGCAAGUUGAUGAGGUCAAGUCUCCCAAGAGCGACAUCAACGCCUUGAUCCUCGACUACCUCACUAUGGCUGGCUAUCCCAAUGCGGCUGCCCGCUUCUCUGCCGAGGCCAACCUCCAGCCUCAACAAGAUGACGCCUCUAUCGUCGCUAGACAGCAGAUCCAGAACUCAAUACACAAGGGAGACAUCCAAGUUGCGAUAAAUGCCCUGAAUGACAUGGACCCUGAGAUCCUGGAUACGGAUGCCCCUCUGCACUUUGCUCUGCUUCGGCUUCAACUUGUGGAGCUGAUCCGGCAGUGUACGUCGAGUCCGGGAGGGGAUAUCACUCCUGCUUUGGACUUCGCUACGGAACAGCUCGGCCCGCGUGCUCCCACCAAUAGUCAAUUCCUUGAAGACCUCGAGAAGACCAUGACCCUCCUCGUUUUUCGCGAUACGGUUGACCCCCCAGUUGCGGAACUUUUGAAGCCUGAUCUGCGGAGAGACGUCGCAGAUAAGGUGAAUAAAGCCAUCCUGCAACGUCAGCAACAACGUAGGGAUGCUGCGAUCCGGCAUCUCGUCCAGAUGCGGGCGUGGGGCGAAGAAGCCGUUCGCAAGGAGACCAAGAAGGACUUGCCUGCCAGAAUUGAGCUGGGUCUCAAUGGCGACGAGUCUGACAAGGACGGGCUCCAAGAGAAUGGGCACGAACCCAUGAUAGUGACAUAGGGUCUUCCCAUGGAUUUGUUCGGAGCUUAAGUUGCAAUAUCUGCACUUAGAAUUAACAAAGCUACGAAGGAGAUGGGAGACUGUUGGUCAUGGCAUCAACUCUAAUCUAGAAACAACCACGGAUGAACCCAUUGACGAGGAUCGCGACGACGAGGACGACGAAGAAAUGCCUGCUUUGCGUCCGGCAUGAUUUGAUUUCAGCUGCUUUUUCUGCGAGGCGUUUAGGGGACUCAGGGCUACGGCACCAGUACGAGGCAAUUAUUGGCGUUAUAUUCUUUCGCCAGGACGUGGGCGUAUUGAAACGAUGGGGCAUGGGGCAUGACGACGGCGCUCGCAGCAAUGACAAAGCCCCAUAUAGGAUAGGUCAUGGCGUUAGCUUCGGAAACAGCACGGCAUUGUACCAGCACUUGCUUCUGGACAGCUCUGGCACGGGCCAAAAACACAAUUAACUAGAGGUGUGCUCGCAAAGAAGACCAUUGGUG